AUGGACGUUGCCGGUCACAGUUUGGUGCAUUCACCGCUGCCGACGUGGGCACCCGCUGAGCACGAGUUUCGAACAGCGGACGCAGUGGACGCUCUGGCUCGUGGCACUGAGGGCUCGCACUCGGAUGGCCGAGCAGCGACUCAAAGCGAACGAUCUUCCGAAGAAGCGUCACGAAUGAAGAGGCAUCGCUUUACGCCAGAGCAGAUGCAGAUGCUGAAAACCGUCUUCGAGCAGAAUCCAAUGCCGAGCACAGCGGAGUUGCAGGCGCUGUCUUCGGCAAGUGGCGUUCCAGUUCGCUCCUGUCGCUUAUGGUUCAAGAAUCGCCGCGCACGGACCCCGGGGAAGCGCACGGCCUCAGAGUCUCGUGGGCUGCGUGCCGCUGGGCCAUCGGGGACCACCGACGCAGUCUCGUCCAACGCAAGUUUGCCUCGCUCAACGAGUGCCUGGAAUGCUCAGGCACCAUCAGGCGAUAGCCAGCUUGAGGCAAGGAUGUACAAUCCUGUAUCGAUUGCCCAGGAUUUAGGGCCGAUGCAAAGCUCCGCUUCGCAACAAGAUUCCACUGUGGAUGCGGCGCCGCGUAGACGUCCAAAGCGGCCUCACGAACGUGGUCGAGCUGCGAAACCGGGCGCCGGGGGCCAGUCGCAAUCGUCGCCGUUGAUAUCGCCUCGACCGGAUUCGGUGCUGCGAAUCUCGCCCGCUUACGGUGCCCUGGGGCAAGACUGGUCGAAUACAGGGUCUUUUGCGGACAACGGGCAAAAGGAACCAGCGGCGAUUCCAGAUUCGAACUGGAGAUGUGUUCCGGUUCGCUCAGAGCCGCCAGCGAUUCUACAGUCUCCACAUCGGUCGACGGCAAUGGGCAUACCGCCCACGCCGCGGCUUCAGUGCCAGCGAGUCUACAAGCCGGGCGAGGUUGUGGAGCUGUUAGAUUCAGCGGGAGCAGCCCGGGCCUGGUGUCCGGCGCGGAUUAUCUCGGCGGACGUUUCAUGGCCAUCAAGCACCGAGUCGCUUCUCUCAGCGGUGGAAAUCGCGCAGGAUGAUGGUAUCAAUCGCGUGUGCGAAUACGAUGAUGUUUCACCGUUGACGAAGACCGCCUAUGAAAUUGCAUUCCUCAGUGCAGACGAGGUGCUCCGCAUCCGGGCAGAUGCUUGUGCUAACUCGGAAACAGCUGGCGCAUGCCCUGCAAAUGUUCAAGGUGCUGCAGCUGGGGGAACGGGAGCAAUGCCCGAGGGCCCGCACCGGGUUGUGCUGGGCGCACGGUUGAGGCCGUAUCCCCCGCCACCAAUGCCAGAAUGGCGUCCCGGUGUUGGCGAAGCUGUAGAGGCGCUUUUGUCGCUGUCUCAUGGACGUGCGGGAACAUCAGCGACACCAUCCGCUUCGACAAGCACUGCAGAACAGGCAGCGGUCGAUCAAAUCCAAGGAAAGAGCACAAGCUCGACGGACAUGCCGUCGCGCACUGCGUCCACCAGUGGCCACGGCUGCUGUUGGACUGUUGGCCAAGUUCGAAAUUUUUUAGCACGCAAGGGCUUUCUCGUCGCUUUCGCGGACGGCAGUGACGAAUGGUUCCACCUGGAUCAGCUUCGUCCGUACGCCAUCUGGCGUGGUGCGGACCACUGGCAGGUCAAAAGCAAAGCACCCCCCGCUGUGACGAGGCGCGCACUCGGGGCCGCACCUCCCGCCGAAUCGUCGAGAGCGGAGGAUUCAAAUGCAGCUGACUCGAACUUUAGAGCACUCGAAGCCGCUCAGCGUCUUGCGACGCUGAACGCGUCGCGCAGCACGGCAAGGGCUCCUCACGCUGUCUCCGAAUCGCUACCGCGUGCGCUCCCGCGGUCGACAAUAGCCGCACCGGCUGCGCAAAUGUAUCCGCAUCGGGCGUGGUACACCCACGAGCUAAGCGACGGAGACGACUCCGAGGAAGCAUGGAGCGAUGAAGCAGAAGAACCAGCUCGAGAUGCGGAGCAGGGUCUCCGCCGCCCCCGCAGGUCGUCCCGGGAAGAGGCUUUGGCCCUUCGGAACAGGAACGCGUCGGCGAUGCGUUCGUCGUCGACCUCACCGCUGACAUCGCCAGCAAGUGCAGCUGCGAGACUUUCGAAACCCGCUCAUCGAUUUCCGCGAUCGUCACUGCCAGUGAUCAAAAAAGACAGUGAUCGUGCACUUGCCCGUAAGCGCAAACGCCACCGCACUGGCCAUAGGGUGAAUGAGGAAACCCGCCGAAUGCUUGACCAGACGGAGAUCGUGGCAGGUCAGAACGGCCUCGUUGUUGGUGCUGGAGCGACGGACCGUCGUCAUCGGGGUGGACGCAAACCGUCGCUGACGCUGACGCUCCCACCGGGCUGGCGACUCGAGGAGCAAAUCCGCAAAGGUGGAUCCCUAGCCGGACGCAUCGAUCGUGUCUAUGUAUCCCCGGACGGACGCAAAUUCCGUUCACUGAAAGAGGUUGCACGCUUCCUUGACCGAUAA